UUGAGCCCAAAAUUUACGAAAACAAAAAGAAGUCUCCAUCUUCCCGCCUUCCCGCCCCUCAUUCUCUCUCUUCAAUUCUUUACUCUUCUUCUUCUCCACUCUACUCUUUGAGAGAGAAAGCCAGAUAAGCUCUGUUUUGUUUUUGUUUAAGCUAUGAUGUGAGGCUUUGAGAAGACUGAAAUGUUGAGGAGAUCUACGGAGAAGUACCUAUGGAGCUGAACACACCUAAUAAGGACCAACUCGUCUCCGCUCCUCUUUCUCAGUUUGAGGAUUCUCCUGUCUUUAAUUACAUCAACAAUCUCUCACCUAUUGACUUAGUUAAAUCAGUGUCCACUGAUCAAACUUUCAACUCUCUAUCUUUUUCAUCCCCUCCAUUGGUGUUCACAUCACCAAAGCUCAAUCCCCAAAGAAAUGCUAGAUCUAUUAUUAGAAGGCGCCAAUUCUCUGACCCAUUGAAACCUGAGCUCUCUCACAUUAAAGGUGACAACAAUGCGAGUGAAGGGGUCUCUGAAGCUGUUGAACUACCUGAUUCGUGCACUGAACAACUCAGAUGCGCAACUUCUAGUAGUUCAGCUAAGGAGGUUACAACUGACCCACUCAAUGAGCAAUUGGAAUUAGGAAUUGAGCUGCCAAAAGCUUUCAAAUGUGUUGGUGCUGGUCCAGAUGGUGACAUUGCUCUUCUUGAUGCAAUUAGGACGGAUAUUGAGCCAGAAAAGGUGGACAAAUCAAAUGAGAGACAUUGUUUAUAUGAAAGUGAAAAGCAUUUGCGCAGAAUCUGUCGAAUUGAGCAAAGUGAAGAUGAGGCCGGAUGUGAUUGGGAUACACUGAUUUCUGAUGUGUCUGAUAUCUUGUGUUUCGAUUCAUCCAUUAGUGCAGAACAGUCUGAAGAGCAGAAAAUUGUGGAUCCUGGGACAAUCUCUUUUGUCUCAAAUGUACUGCAGAUCCCACAGGAUAAUACCAAUGCUUCGGAGAAUAUGGAAUCUACCAAUUGUGUUGGUUCUUCUGAACACAAAAUGGGAGAAAUAGGAACUCAGUCAACAGAAUUAGGAAAAAAGGAGGCAGAUAAAAUACCGGCCGUACUCUCUGGCACUCUACUGAACAAGCUAGUUGUGGAUGAUGCAGCCACAGUUAUGGACAUCAAGGGGAAAAAGCGCCUAUCGAGCUGCAAGCAAAAUAGAAUACGAAGGCUGGUUUUUGAGAUGGCAGGUGCUCAUAAAAAGAAAUCAGUAUGUGAAAGCAAUGUGUCUCCUCAAAUCUCACCGCAACCAGAUAGUGGAGUUGCCCAGGUUGAAACGCAUUCAGCUGCAAGAAUGUCCAUGUUAUCAAGAAAGGGUAUUGGUUUGCACUUGAAUGCUCUUACUACUACUUCAAGUGAUUGUAAAAUUGUCAAGAUUGAGACUUUAUCUUCCAGGCAGGAAAUAAGUUUGGCCCUUUGCGACAGUGAAGAUAAGGCUAUGGAAAAUGCUCAACAAACAUCAACGGAUGUUAGUGAAGACUUUGGCACUAGCAGUCCUAAAACGAAGAGGCACAAACUGGAACCUGUUGGAGCAUCCUGCAAGCGAUGUAACUGUAAAAGGUCAAAAUGCUUGAAGCUUUAUUGUGAAUGUUUUGCUGCUGGACUCUACUGUAUUGAGCCUUGUUCAUGUCAAGAUUGUUUUAACAAGCCUGCUCAUGAAGGCACUGUUCUAGAGACUCGGAAACAGAUUGAAUCUCGCAAUCCUCUUGCUUUUGCUCCUAAAGUGAUUAGAAGCACAGAUUUUGUUCCUGAAAUUGGGGAUGAAGUCAACAAAACUCCGGCUUCAGCCAGGCAUAAAAGAGGAUGCAAUUGUAAAAAAUCCAGUUGCUUAAAGAAAUACUGCGAAUGUUUCCAGGGUGGGGUUGGUUGCUCUUCCAACUGUAGAUGCGAAGGGUGUAAAAACACUUUUGGUACCAAGAAUGGACUUGAAGAAGAUGAAUUUGAAGGCGGAGAGUCUGAAAUCCUUGAGAAGAAUGCAUUGGAUGUGAAUUUGGAUGGUAAAAUAGAAGGGGGCGAAGAACAGCAUGCAAAUCUUCCAGAACUUUCUGAAAGUGCUAGGUCUUCAAUUAAACUUCCAAUGACCUUCAGUGGGAAGCUCUCAAGAUCUCUUCCAGUUAUUGGUACAUCAACUCAAUUGUGCUCCAGCCAAAAUCCAGGAACAGAUCUGUUUUGCCAGCCUAAAUUUGAAACACAUCUUCAGGCGAUUCCAGAAGAGGAAACCCCUGAGAUUCUAACCAGCAAUCGCUCAGCUGCAAGUGUUGUUAAGUCAACCUCACCAAACUGCAAAAGGGUUUCACCUCCUCAUCAUGGAUUCGGGUCGUCUGCUAAUUGGAGGGGUGGUAGAAAGUUGAUUCUGAGAUCUGUCCCACCCUUCCCAUCUCUCAACUCACCGCAUCAGCAAUGACAGAAUCCUCCGAUAAAAUUGUCAUCGUCAAGAAUUAUAAUGCCGAGGCAUGUUGUGUUAUGAGCCAAGCAUAAGGGGAUCCCAUGUAUAAUAGUAGUGAGACGAAUUCGUUUCCCUGUCGAUAAUGCUAUCUUCAAUGGCACCUUAAACAUUAAUGUAAUGUAUGUCUACCCCUUGUAUCUUAGUUGUAUUGCCCAAGAUAAAGCAGUGCCUGUAGCAUAUACCUCUAAAGUUUCUCCAAGUUGUAGCAACUCUUAAAAGAUAUUUGUUAGUUACCAAUUGUACUGUUAGCUGUGUAUUUUGUAGUAGACAGAAUCUUUUUUCUUGCUCUUUUGUUUGUUUGCAAUCCCUAAAUUAAGUGUACAAGUAACUAUCUGUCCUUCAAA